CUUCGUACAAAUUGUUUGAAGUCGAUCGAGAUGGAGUUCCUUUUGGGAAAUCCAUACAGCACUCCUGUUGGACAUUGUAUUGAGAGAGCCACUGAUGGCUCGCUUCAGAGUGAGGACUGGGCCCUCAAUAUGGAAAUAUGUGACAUCAUCAAUGAAACCGAGGAUGGGCCCAAGGAUGCCAUCAGGGCCAUGAAGAAAAGGCUGAACGGGAACAAGAACUACAGGGAGGUGAUGCUGGCACUGACCGUCCUGGAGACAUGUGUGAAGAACUGCGGGCAUCGUUUUCAUGCCCUUGUCACCAGCAGAGACUUCAUAGACGGCGUGCUUGUAAAAAUCAUCUCCCCCAAAAACAACCCUCCCGCCAUCGUACAAGACAAAGUGCUCGCCUUGAUCCAGGCGUGGGCUGACGCAUUCAGGAGUAGUCCAGACCUGACGGGUGUGGUCCAUAUCUAUGAGGAGCUGAAGAGGAAAGGCAUUGAGUUCCCCAUGUCGGACCUGGAGACCCUGUCUCCAAUCCACACUCCUCAACGGCUGUCGACUGGCCCUGAGGUGAACCAAGCCACACAGAAGGCCACAGCCCCUCCCCCAGCCCAGCCUAUCCCCCACCCCCAUCAGCAGCCUCCUCCCCAUGCUGUCUCCGCCCCACCCUUUGCAGCGUCUGUCCCGCCCACCUACACCGCCCCGCAGGUCCCCAACCUCGGCGCCUCUGGGUCUAUCAACCCCUCACCUGAACAGAUCUGUCGGCUGCGCAGUGAGCUGGACAUCGUGCGUGGCAACACCAAGGUGAUGUCAGAGAUGCUGACAGAGAUGGUUCCUGGACAGGAGGACCCCUCGGACCACGAGCUCCUGCAGGAGCUGAACCGGACGUGCCGGGCCAUGCAGCAGCGGAUAGUGGAGCUCAUCUCCUGUGUGUCUAACGAGGAGGUCACAGAGGAACUUCUGCACGUCAAUGACGACCUCAACAACAUCUUCCUACGCUAUGACAGGUACGAGAGGUUCCGGUCAGGCAGAGCAUCUCAGGGUAUCAGCAAUGGGGUCCUCAGUGAGGCUACAGAGGACAACCUGAUAGACCUGGGUCCUGGCUCUCCUGCUGUCGUCAGCAACAUGGUCACCGCCCCCGCUGCACGCCCUUCCUCACCCGCCUCCCUGGCCUCUCAGCUGGCCGGCCUUGAUGUGGGUGACAGUGUGAGCAGCACUCUGAGCUCUCUGCCCAGCUGUAAGCCUCAGGACGACUUUGACAUGUUCGCCCAGACCAGGACUGGAUCUCUGCCUCUGACCACCGAGACACUCAUCACAGCUCCUCUAGAGGACCUUAAUGCUAUAGGUGGGAUUGGGCUGCCUCCUCUGGAAGUCAGGCAGCAGCCUGCAGGAGGGAUUCCCGUUGGCCAAUCCUCUGUCAUGGAUGACAUAGAGGAGUGGCUGUGUACCGACUUGCAAGGAGAUGAGGGAGAAGAAGGGGUGACCAGUGAAGAGUUUGACAAGUUUCUGGAGGAGCGGGCGAAGGCAGCAGAGACGGUGCCCAGCCUCCCUUCACCCCCUAGUGGUGACCCUGGUGCAACUACAGGCACACGCAAGAAGAAGGCUGAAAGACCAGAGGACGCCCUGUUCGCUUAGUACAGUGGUUUUCAAACCUCUCCUCGGGGACUCCCAGACGUUUCACAAUUUAGUUGUAGCCCUGAACUAGCUCACUUGAUUAACCUAAUCAAGGGCUUGAUAAUUAGUUCACAAGUUGAAUCAGGUGUGCUAGCUCUUGAAUAGUUCAAAUGCAUGGAACGACUGGGGGUCCCAGAGAGGUUUGAAAACUCCUGGUUUAGUAGACCUUUUAACCUUUUAAACUUCUGACCUGGCCAGCGACCUGAGUCCUCAGACUGUUGUCUGUGACAAGCACACACACUUUCUCAUCCUCCCCCUCUGGAUCUCUCUACCAUCAAAACUAACCCAGCAACACAUCAAUUUACUACACUACAAAGGGAACCCUCACGCACUGUCGAUUUUGAUAUCUCCCUCUUUCAGAAAGAAACCAGCUUUAUUCGGGACAAGACCGCAAUGUUAUUCCCAUAAUCAACAGUCCUUAUCUAACGGUUGAUGGUUUGGAGCAGUCGCCAGCUGUGGACUAUCAACAACAACGGCCAUCUUUAUAAACCAGCAGCUCACUCAGUCCCGGGGCUGGUCUUCUUCUGAAGGGUAAUAUGAGACGUACCCUACCUACAGUACUACCCAUAUUCUGCUCCGUUAUGGCAGCAAGAAGCCAUCCCCAUCCAGUCGUCCCCUACUCGACUGCAUGCAGUAACAGAUCCAUCCACCCUUCAAUCCCUCCUCGGACUUGAAGGGUCGUCAAAGGGAAUUAAAUGAAAACUAGGGACAAUUAAUGUUAACCUUAUUAUAGCUCAGAUGAGGGCAGGUAGCAUUACAAUAUCAUGAUGAGAUGAAUGGGGAAUAUGCUGGAUCAUUGUAUGUUUUUACUACGCGUUUAUCUCCUAGUCUAUUAUAUUUUCUAUUAUAGCUCAUGACUGUGGUUGUCUCAUUUCAUCAAUUUAACUUUAUGGUUUUGAGUGUUGCUUUGUUAGUAUAACUGUAACAUAAUGACAUGUUGAAUCGCUGUGUGUAUGUUCAAUCAAGCAGAAUAAGGGAAAAGGAUGGUGGGAAAAGGGAGAUCUGUUAUGGGGGCAUUGGAGCCUGCUACAGUAUGUCUAUCUGGAUAUAACAUUACUCAGCCUUUAUCCAAAAAGGGUAUCAACAGAAAAGGGAAGUGGAAAAAUGGAAAUGUGAAUUUUCCACUACAGAAUUCCACUACAGGGCAUUUUGCUUUCAAGGGAUGAAGUCUUUCUAGGGAUUGACGCUCUGAUGUUAUCUACGCCUUUUAGAGUUUGAUUUAUUUUACCAGCUUAGAAUUCUAGAAUAUUAUCUAGAAUAUUAUUUUGAAGGGAUGUAUACGAUUUCUGAUUUUAUUUUCAGAUUAUUCAUUUUCAUUUUAAGUUUUUUAGAGACAACUAAAUAAUUAACAUCACUUAAGAAAAUGCACUGUUAUGUUUAUUGAGGUGUUAUAAUGUUUAUUUUAACAAACAAAUAAGUAGUACCAUCUACCUGACAAUUAUUUUCUGUUUAUCCAUAUGCUGAAGGACCGGUACAGGUACAAUGCUGUUGGGAAAGCAUAGACUAGAUGUAGUCAUGUGGCCCAAGCAUGAUUGCAUCACAUCCAUGGUGAAUGCAGUAGUGUAUCAUACUGUAAGAUUCAGUCAGAAGUAAUACUGUAUCAGUCAGUCUGAGAAAGAUAACCGUUUCUUGUUAAAGCCCUGUUUAGUAGUCUUCACUACAAAUAUUGAGGCAGACUGAGCAUUGUAUGUCUGGUGUUGAAUAAUAACUUAAUUUAUGGACCAAGGUUUUGCAAAGUGGAUGUGAAAAAAUGUACCAAUAGAAGGGAUGGUUAUGAAGGAAAUAUAGGAAAGGGGUUCCGUUUGGUCUCUGAUUGGAGCGUCAAAGGUUGUUAUUUUAUUUCUUAAUCACAUUAAUCACCUGGACUCUUAUGUACCAUGUCCUGUUCUUGUCUCUCGUUGACUUGUUAGCUGUGCUGGCACAUCACUCAGAUGCUAGCCAGUUAGCUCAGUGGGCUAAUCAGCUGAUCAGAAACGGUGACUGUGCUGAGAAGAGGGAUAGGCUGAGUGAGAGACAGGCUCUCACCAUUUAGAAAAAGUGACCUUCAUGUUUUCAGAAACGAUAACACUACUUACAGUGGGGGAAAAAAGUAUUUAGUCAGCCACCAAUUGUGCAAGUUCUCCCACUUAAAAAGAUGA